AUGGUCGAAGCCGCCGCCGCGGCGCACGCGCUGAAGCCGCACCAGAGCGAGGGCGUCGCGUUCGUGCUCGCGCGGCGCGCGGCGAUCCUCGGCGACGCGCCGAGCAUGGGCAAGACGGCGCAGACCAUCGCGGUCAUCGCCGCGGUGCUCGGCGGUGGCGCCGCGGCGACGCGGGUUCUGGUCGUCGCGCCGGCCACCGUCGUGCCCGUCUGGCUCGCCGAGUUCCGCAAGUUCCUCGGCACUGAGGCCCCGGCGAUCGUCACCGCCGACGGCGACUCCCGCGCGCUGUCCGUCGCGGAGGUCCUGCAGCGGCUGGCGACGACGUCGGCGCCGCUCGUCGCGGUCAUCGGCUACGAGGCCAUGGUGCGGCACGCGAACGCCUUCACGGCCAUGCUCGACCUCAUCGUCUUCGACGAGGCCCACAGGCUCAAGAACCCCGGCACGAAGCAGUCCACCGUCGCCAACGACCUCUCCGAGCUCCACACGCUCCUCCUGCUCCUGGACCCGGCGACUCUGCCCUACGAUCUCCUCGCACGCAUCGACCAAGGUCGCGUCGUCGGCGCGAGCCCAGGCCGCGCGUUCAUCGCGGAGCGCGCGUGGUCGUGGCUCCAGAACACGCUCGGCGGCCUGCACCUGCGGCGAGAGACGCAAGCGCUCGCGCUGCCGCCGCAGACGACGUACAUUGUCGUCGUCGAGCUCACGCCGGCGGAGAAGCAGCUCUACGACCACGUCUGCGAACGCGCCGCGCCGCGGGGCGGGACGGCGACGGCGAAGGCUCUCGUGCUCGUCGGCGCGCUCCAGAAGCUCUGCUCCAAGAAGCUCUUCCGCGGCACGACGCACGAGCACGACUUCGUCAUCUGGCACGACGCCCUGUCCGCCUGGUGGGAGGACGAGGCGCAGGACUACCUCGCGACGCUGGGCUUCAAGGACCGCCAGGUCUGCGCGCUCGACGACACGAACGCGGAGUUCGCUCGGUACUCCCACGGCCUGGUCGGCGACUCGCCGGAACUCAUGCCGCUGGACGCCCACUUGUUCAGCGACCUGUCCCAGGAGCUCUGGCGCCACGUCGCGAUCACGUCGAACCUGCCGGAGUCGGACCCGCGCCGGUUCUCGACGGGCACGCCGGCCGAGAUGGAGCGCUCCGUGGCGAAGGGCGUCGCGGUGCAGGACAUCUACUUCCGGAGCGGCCGGCGCUACCGCGCGGCGAACGACGCGCGCGACCUGGAGCACAAGCCCCGGAAACGCCAGCGCAAGGCGACCUGCAUGGAGGCCAAGCCCCUUGGUUUAUCGCCGCCUUGGGGAAUAUCUGCAGGUACCCCUGAAAAGCGCAAGUUAAGGAUAAGUUUUCCCUAA